AUGGCCAUACCGUUCAGUCUGACACAAAGGAGAUCUGCGGUAAACGCAGAUAACGCUGCUCGCGGUAUCAAUCUCGGGCUGAGGCUCCUACGUCAGGGAGUGCAAGCGAAAAUAGGGGUCACAACCGGAUCUGCAUUCGCCGGAGUCAUUGGGGCUGCCUCUCGACAAGAGUACGCUGCGGUGGGGGACGCGGUGAACAUGUCUGCGAGGCUCAUGGGGAAAGCGCCGAGGAACACGGUUCUGUGCGAUGCGAGCACGGCCAAAGAGGCGGAGGACGCAUUUUCUUUCAAGGAAGCCAUGCGAAUGAAGGUUUGUUGUUGGCGUGUAUAUGUGUUUCGAAUUGGUACGAAGAGAUUGAUGCAGCGGCAGUGA